UUCUUUCUUUCUUUCUUCACUCUUUUUUUUCUCCCUUUCUUUCUUUCUUUUUCCUUUUAUAGGAUGGGGAAUCCAAAAGACUAUGUAGCUUUACCCACUUCUGAGGAAAAAGCUCUUCCAACCUCUUCUUCUUCUUCUUUUCCUCCUCCUCCUCCUUAUGAACAAGAUGGACCUCGACAAUAUUCUCUUCGUUGGAAACUUAUUUUCAUCUCUUUUAUUGCAAUCCCUUUGUUACUCAUUGGUAUCUACAUUCGCCCUGCUUCUAUCACUGUUUUUUCCCCAAAACAGUCUUCUCAAGUUGACCUUGGUUUUCCUCAGGACAUGCAACAAGUAAAUUUGGCUCAGAAUGAAUUGAUCAGUUUUAUGACUCAUUUAGUGGAAGAAAUUGAACAUGGCACUCCUUGCAGACGUCCACAUGAAAAAUCUCCUCACAACGGCAAACACCAUGAUCAUCCUCAUCGAAAGCAUCAUCAUCAUGGUUAUCACGGCAAUCACGAUCACGAACAUCCCCCUCAUAGCCUUGGAAAUUCUUAUGACGGUCCUGAACAUCCUCAUCAUGAUAAUCACCCUCAUCAUGGCAAGUAUCUUCAUCAUCAUGGGCACGAACAUCCUCCUCACUACAAGCACCAUCAUCAUCAUCAUCAUCAUCGUGGGCAUGAACAUUCUUCUCACGGCAAGUCUCCUCAACAUGAUCACGAACAUCGUCCUCAAGAUAAUCAACAUGAAAAACGUCAGAACGAAGAUGGUGUAUUUGUUCAAAAACUUCCCACCCACAACCGAUAUCAACCACCACACAGAAACCAACGACGUGGCAUAGAAUUUCCUUCUGUACCAAAAUGGAGACAACGCUAUGAAAUAACAUCUUCAACCAAUGCAUCAAUGCGCAUCCACGUCCGAUCAGGUCCUUUCCCUUCAGGUCUUACUGGCAAUGUCAAUCUGCGACAAGAUACAACAGGCGUUCAAAAAGAUAUUAUCGUAACCCUUAGUAUGGAUGAUGUUGACUAUGCUAGGAUGAUUCGACUCUCUACUCAUAGCUCUGGUGAUGCUUUUUCCCUACGCGUUUUCCCUCAGCAUGAUAUUCCACCUGCCUCAUUCAACUAUUCCCUUGAUAUUGUCUUUCCAUCUGGCUUGCACUCAAUGGAUUCUUUAUAUAUUAAAAUUGAUAACGGUACAGUAAAUGGUGAUGAUUCUUUGAAAUUGGCUUUCAAGUCUGUUACUUUGGCUGCAGCACAUGGCACAAUUCUCACCAAGAAUCUCAAGGCCGACCGUAUUAUGUUAGGUGCUUACUCCGGUACAAUUGAAGGAAGUUACCAACCUACUGAACAGUUUGCCGUGGGUGUUUUCCAUGGUCAUUCGGAUAUUCAUCUUUUCUCCUCUCCUAAUCGAACAGAUCAUCUUCAUAUUGCCUCUGGUUCUCCUCAUGGUGUUGCCAAACUCUCUUUGGCUCAUGGAUCCUUUGAAGGUCAGUUUAUUGCCAAACAAUGCUAUGGAGAUGUGCCCACUGUGAACUUUACUGUCAACGAUGGUGAAAGCUAUGUUUAUGAUGAACAAAAAGAUAGUCCUUCUUCUGGUUGGUACUUGAACGAUACUAAUGCCGGACAGCUGAUCAUCAGUGCAAGGGAUAAUGCUGAACUUUUGUUUGAGUAAACAUUCCUUCUUCCUUUAGUUUCGUCUUUUUUAUCUUCUCUUUUUUUUCAUCUUUUGAUUCCUCUUUGUGCUACUUUUGAACUCUAAUCAAUAAACAUUUUGAAAUCAAAUACUUAA